AUGGGGUCCCGCGGUACUGCGCGGUCGCGCGGCGAAGCGCAGCGUACCCUGGACGAAUUCGACGAGCUCGCAGGACUGCGAGGUGGCGUCGGAAUGGGGGGAGGAGGCGAUACAAGCAGUACUGGGGAGCGCUCCGCCUAUGUCCUGGAGCAUCUAGCUACCUUCACAGUGACGAGGGAGACUGGUAUAGUGUAUCCUGCUGAUGGGAUGCGUCGAUUACUUCAGCUAGAGAAAACCAAUGGUAUAUGGAGCCAAAAAAUGCAGUUGUGUUUGGAAGGCCAGUGGGUACUGGUUAUGGACUACGAGACUGGGUCAGUCAUGGAGCGUUUCCCAGCAUCUUGGGUUCAUUCCCCAACAGCAUUCACAUCACCAGAACCCGCAGAGUUGUACAACAAUGUGCUAGCGUUCGUGGUGGGUGCUCCAAGUGACUCUGCCAGCGGGGGUGGAGGCACUGGCGGCCGAGGCUCUGGUACAGGCCCUGAGAAUGCACCUCGAAGAGAACUGCAUAUCUUCCAAUGUCAUGAUGUUAGUGCACAAGCCCUUGUGGAAGAACUCAAUGCUCUCAAGGGUGUUAGAGAAGGUGGAGUUGGCGAAGGAGGACGUGACUUCAUCAUUGAACGUGAACGUGAACGGGAACGUGAAAAUGAGACUGAGAGACCUAGGAGACAACGGGUUUUACAUCAUUCCGUUGCGGGCGAUGGCUGCAACAUGUCGCGAAUGUAUCACACACUCACAAAACAACAAUGGGAGGCUGUUCUACAACAAAUGGCAGUACAGUUGGGUCGUAAUGACCGCAACGAACGGAGCGGAUCCGGCGGCGAUCGCGACGAUGCGUCAUCGACCGGCUCCGAACGAUUAUACGAACAGGAUAUUGCGAUUCUAAAUCGAUGUUUCGAUGACAUCGAGAAGUUCAUCGCGCGACUGCAGCAUGCGGCUGCAGCAUCACGCGAGUUGGAAAGACGGCGAAGGUCUAGAGGAGGGAGUAAGAGAGCAGCUGGCGCUGGAGAGGGAAUGUUGGCUAUGAGGACGCGACCACCACCAGAACGAGACUUCGUAGAUGUGCUUCAGAAGUUCAAACUUUCUUUUAACUUACUGGCCAGACUCCGUGCACACAUCCAUGAUCCGAAUGCUCCAGAAUUAGUGCACUUUUUGUUCACUCCGCUGGCGCUGAUAGUAGAUGCGGCCCAAGAUGCAGCUGAUGGGCGAUUACCAUCGAGGGUUGUCCAGCCGCUGUUGACGAGGGACGCACUAAAUCUGUUAGCGAACUGCGUAACCAGCAAGGAGACUGAAUUGUGGCACUCACUUGGCGAUGCUUGGCUUAUACCCAGGGAGCAAUGGAAGACAGCCAUCCCUCCUUACCAGCCCGUAUUCAUGGAUGGUUGGAGUCCUGACUACCAAGUAGAUGAUCAACCCCUCAGAAGAUCAUCGCCGCGGCGUAGCUCAGCGGGACAAGGCGGUGUAGAAAGCGCAGGCGGCGAGCGCUUCGACCGCUAUGAACGGGAUGAGCCUGAUCUCUACGGGGAGCAGUUUGCACCAUAUCCCACCCAUCCCAGGAAUGCGAGGGCAAUCGCUCGUGAGGACUCUGGCUCAGCAGCGUCCUCACCAGACCGUGAACAGGUGUACCGAUCCGAAAGAGAUGAAGAUGACUUAGGAGAGGCUUGGGCGAGAGGUGUUGCGGCCCGUGGAGGUCGUGUUGUUCGUGUAACUUACCCUCGCACUGCAAACAAUGACAAAGAACUUACAGUCGUACGCGGAGAGUAUCUUGAGGUACUCGAUGACUCGCGAAAGUGGUGGAAAGCACGCAAUCGUCGUGGUGUCACUGCUCAUGUUCCACAUACCAUCGUGGCUCCUGCGCUGUCACCACCAUCCUCACCACAUCUCUACCCCAACCCUAUCUACACGCACUACCAGGAGAGCGGUACUGGUGGUCGGGGCUCAGGCGGCAGUAGUCCAACUGGUGCGGCCGAAAAACUGCCAACGGUAGAACCUCCGCCUCCACCGCCGCCACCACCACCGAUGCCUCCUCCAGUCACCCCACCCCCCACUCGCACAGACACCUUAAAGUCAGUCAAAUCGAUGGACCUGAACGAGGAACUGAAGAUGGUACUACCAGCCAUUACACAGCGAAGAAACAAGUUAUUGGAUAUCAAGAAAACUCCUGAUAUAUUCAUCGAUCAGAAAUCAAAUCCAGAUGAAGUAGUUGAAUGGCUGGAAGCAAAAGGCUUCAGUGGAGCAGCAACGAAGGCUCUACGCAUGCCAGGCCACCAACUCUUCGGGCUAUCUCGCUCGCAGCUCGAACGAGUGCUGGGAGUUGAGGAGGGGAAACGGCUUUACAGUCAAAUAUUGGUCCAACGCAAUGUCUCUGGGUUCAAAACGACUUCGGCAUCAGAACUUCAAAACUUCCUGCGCAAAGCGCGCGAGAAAGUGGAGGUAUCCUGA